AUGGUGAAAGCGGCAGCCGCGCAGGCUGGAGUGAGCCUGAUGUACUAUUCUUUAGAGGGAGGUGUGAGCUACCCAAGCGCUGUGGUCACAAUGGAUGGUGUGAAAUCCUCCGUGUCCUUUGAGACCGAGGAGGCCCUGGCACCCAUCCACAUGGACGACAUCCGGAUGAGCAGAGUAAGGGACACUCUGCUGCGGCACGGCUACAUCCAGGACGGGCAGCGCUCCAUCAUGGCGGCCGAGAUAGCAAAGUUCUUCCUCUUCAACAAUCUGGGCCCCCUGGUGGUCUACCCCCUCUGGCGGGGGCUCGCCCAAGUGGAUGAUGCACUUGCCUCUUGUCCCGCCAGAGAGUGGGUGCGAGACCCAGGGGACUGGGUCUACGUCGAGCCCGUGGGCUCGCAGGGCUCCGGCACCGCCCUGCGGCGCCGCGCCGGGACGUCCCAGGCCGCCCGCCUGGCGAGCGGGGGGGGCCCCUUCCUGCUGCGCAGCUCGCCGGGGCUGGUGCGGGAGGUGCUGUGCCGGAUGGGCUUCCUGGAGAGCCCGGUGGCGCGCUGGGCGAGCGUCGGGGGCUUCUGCGUGGUCAACGGCCGGAGGCUGCAGAAGUGCGGGGUUGACGUGCGGGGCUUGGACGCGGAUGGCUGCGAGGCGGCGCUGCGGGGCGUGUUCGGAUUGCAGGCCAUGCGCCAGCAGUGGAGGACGCCGCCCUCGGACCAGAAGGUGCGCGAGGCGCUCUGCGCCGCCGGGCUGCUGCCCGCGGCGGGCGCCCCGCGCGCGGAGGUGCAGCGCGCCGCUCGGGCGUGGCUGGCGCAGCGGGGCGAGGCGGCGCCGCCCGCCGGCGGCUACCUGGAGUGCGUGGCCCGGGUGGUGCGGCACAUGCCCGGGGGGGGCGGCCGAGGGCAGAAUGGGAUCGUCCGCGCCUCUCGGGCCGCGGAGCGUGGGGGGAAGGCCGCCUCCUACAGCCACAGCACCGACUGCUUGACGCGGGUCCACGAGCUCAACAUAUGGGCGGAGGCGCUGCACUCCAGGUGCAUGUCCCUGGCGCCAGUGGAGGAGGCGGCGCCGCCGACCUGGGCGGCGGUCGUGUCGCCGGGCGCUGGGCGCCUGGACCUGCGCGGCGCGCUGCAGGCGCUGCUGGACGGCGGGCUGCCAGAGUGCCCGCUGGGCAUGCUCUUCGUGGCCGUGGUGCUGCACGCCGAGUGCCUGGCCGGCGGCCUCUCCUGGUGCGCGGAGCAGCUGCAGGUGGACGACCUCCGCGGAGGCCGCUCGGCCCUGGCCGAUCUGCUCGUCGAGGCGGUGCAGCUCCUGCUGCGGGCGUUCUCCGUGGAGCAGCUGCUGGGCACCGCGUGGCCGGUGCUGGCCGCGCUGGACGAGCUCGGCGCGCCGCCGCAGCUCGACGCGGAGCUGAGUUGCGAGGGGCUCGACGCGCCGGUCCUCGACUGGCCGCGCCUGAGGCGGGCCUUCUCUCCAGGGGCGGACUGGUUUCACGACGCGAGGCCGCUGGUCUACGACCCACGGCUCCAGGCCGACUGGGUGACCGCGAUCGGGGAGUGCACGUACGGCUUUGCGAUGGUGUCGCUGUGGAAGCUGGUGGUCUGCGCCGAGACGCAGGCCGAGUGCGUGAGCCAAUACGCGAUAUUCGUGGACGAGCUCAUCCAGAAGAGCGACUGGCGCGAGGUGGCCGGCAGCGGCUGGGGCCUCUUCGGCUUCCUCGCCCGCGCUAGGGGCGGCAUCAAGCGGCACGAGUACCGCAUAGACUUCCUGCCGCACGAGCUGCAGGGGACGGGCUGGGCAUGGCCUGGCGCCUCGCUGAUCGGCCCGGCUGUCUGGGGCAGGCUGGCGGAGGCGGUCUCGGACGGCCGCGCGUCUGCCGCCUUCGCGGGCGUGCUGCGGUCCGUGCUCGCCGGCGUGCCCCGCCCCUACGCCGAGGAGCGCGCCGCGGGCGCCCCGACGGUUCGGCACUUCCUGUACAUCACCAUGGUGUUCGGGCCCCAGUACGUGCCGUACAUCCAUCGGUUCGCUGAGCGGGCGAGCUCCCUGGGGAUCUCCAACCUCGUCUCGGGCGGCGAGGCUCGCUGCGUGCAGGGCACGCCCUCCAUCCUGAACAAGUUCACGCUGCCGCUGGCGUAUCUGCGCCUGGGGGUGGACGUCUUCUGGCUUGACUUCGACGUCUUCUUGAUGCGCGACCCCACCGCAGCAGUGCUGAACACGGCCCGCGAGCGCGGUGCGGACCUGCUCGUCAGUGGCUCGUUCGCAGACGACUGCAUCUGCAGCGGGCUGGUCUUCUUUCGGGCCACAGACGUUGUCUCGGAGUGGCUGCUGCUUGUUCUCUCCUGGAUGUACGAGCAUGUGUACACCCACGACCAGCAGGCCUUCAGCGCAUUCCUCGCUGGUCGGCCCGAUGAGGACAACGCGACGACGCCAGAGCGCAUCUCCGCGUCUAAGCUAUUUCGUCUGUACCUGAACCCGGAGGUGCCGCGGUGGGCCCUGCUGGACCCCGUGACAGAGUUCGUUUCCGCGAGGGUGCUUAACACGACUGGCUGGACGGGCGACGUGGACCGGAUGUACAUCUUCCAUUUCCUCCACGGCGACUCCGAGGUCAACAGAGAGCACAACGCCUAUGGCUGGAACGCGAAGCACGGCAUGGCAAAGUCAGGCCGCUCCAUCCUGGACACCUUCUACAAUCAGAGCGACGCUGCGCUGUACAGCGAGCCGGGUGCGCCCCACGAGCGCAAUGCCGAGAUCCGCCAGCCCCGCCAUGGAAAGAACCAGCCUCCUGGGAGCACCAAGGAGCACCGCUCUGGCCUUACGAAGGUUGUUUACAGCAAGAAUCCGAGGAUUCAUAAGGCUUACGACGUCGAUUCGAAGAAGCUCGGUGAGGGAGGCUGCGGUGCGGUGCAUCGCGCGACCCAGCGCGCGUCGGGCAGGGAGCGUGCCGUAAAGUGCAUGAGUAGUCAAAGCCCGCACCAGGCCCUGCACUGCAGGCGGGAAAUCUCGAUCAUGGGUUCUGCCGACCAUCCCAACAUCGCCAAAUUAAUGGAGACGUUCCAGGACGGCAAGUACACGUACUUGGUGAUGGAAUUGUGCAGAGGAGGCGACUUGUUGUCGAGGAUGGUGGCCUGUGGCGGUUCACUCUCAGAAGAGUAUGCCGCGAUGGUACUUCAGCAGAUCUUUCGAGGCACACUCUAUCUGCACCAGUGCUCGAUCGCUCAUCGUGAUCUCAAGCCUGGCAACCUGCUCUUUGCGAACGAUGGCCCCGUGCGCGGCAACACUUUGAAGAUCAUCGACUUUGGCCUGGCGCGUAAGUUCGCCGCCGGGGAGAUGCUCGCGACGAAGGUGGGGACGCCGUCCUUCGUGGCGCCCGAGGUACUAGCGGGGACGGGCUACGACGAGCAGUGCGAUAUCCGGCAGCCUGCGAAGGUGUCGAGGGGGCGCUUCAGCUUCGUCCCGAGGCACUGGGCGCCAGUGUCCCCGAACGCCAGGGCGCUUGUCUCGAAGCUUCUGUGCAAGGAUCCGCAGAGGCGGCCGACGGCGUCGCUGGCGCUCAGCGACGACUGGCUGAGGUGCUGGGCAGAUGCGGAGAGGGGCACCAUUCCCUGCGGCCUCGUGGAGAGUCUGCGCAGGUUCCGGUCCGCGGACGUGCUCUCGAGAGCGGCCCGCCACGUCCUCGCUGGGCUGCUGGACGACGUCGAGGCGCGCGCCGCCCGCGGCGCGUUCCUGGCCCUGGACCGCGACGGGGACGGGCGGGUCUCCCAGGCCGAGCUGCGAGAGGGCCUCGGGCGCAGCGGCUUCGAGCUCUCGGAGCAGGAGCUGCUGGAGAUCUUCGAGGGCGUGGACGCUGAUGGCAACGGCACCAUCGAGUACACGGAAUUCUUGGCCGCCACGGUCGACAGGAGCACGCGCCUGAAGGAGGGCAUGUGCCAGGAUGCCUUCGAUGUCUUCGACUGGAACGGGGACGGACGCAUCUCUCGCAAGGACCUGAUGCACGUCCUGCGCAAUUGUCGCCUCUCCGAGGCCGUCGGUGCCGAGAUCCAGGACAUUGUUGACGCACUAGAGCACAACGAAGGCGGCAGUCUGAGCUUCACGGAGUUUACCGAUAAGUUGUCCAGUUGA